CAAUUCAAAGUCUCAACAGUGUUUUCUUCGUCUCAAGCUCGCCUGAUCACCCCAUCGACUUUCAACGGAGUACUCCAGGGGAUCAUUGCCGUGUGCCUGCCCUCGGAACAAACCAGAAGCCCGCCAUGGCGGAUCCGCAAUCACCAUCAAGGAACUUCAUUGAGGCAGACGAGCGAUGGGACAAUAACAGCAACAGCGACGAGGGCGCUGAGGUGGCCAGCUCGGGGACUUCCUUGACCUCGAUUACGUCCUCGGUGCUCCGGGGAAAGGUGGAGGACGGGCGGGUAUAUGCCGUGUACGGCAAGGAAGAGUAUGGGAUGCCGAUGGAUGAUUCGGAAUUGGACAGGAUCGAUAUGUGCCAUGCGAAAUAUUAUGCACUUCUCAAUAAGAAACGGUUCCUCGCGCCGAUCGGGGAGAAUCCGCAGAAAAUAUUAGAUCUGGGGUGCGGAACAGGCAUAUGGUCGAUGGACAUUGCUGAUAUGUAUCCGUCUGCCGAUGUGCUGGGAGUUGACAUUGCGCCGACACAGUCGGAAUGGGUGCCUCCAAACUGCCGCUUCGAGCUCGACGACAUUGAGCAAGACUGGGCAUGGAAGGAGAACUCAUUCGACUUCAUCUUUGCGCGCGACCUCAUUCUUGCCGUUCGGAACUGGCCAAGGUUGAUAGAUCAGGUCUACGAACACCUCAAGCCCGGCGGCUGGGUCGAGUUCCAGUGCGUGACGGGCCUGCUGCGGUGCGACGACGGCACGCUACCCGACGACAGCCCAAUGCGGCAAUUUUCGGACGCCAUCUACGACUCGACCCAGAUUUUUGGCACGCCCAUCGACGACCCGACGCGCUGGCGGGGCUGGUUCGAUGAGCGCGGCUUCGAGGACGUGACCGAGGUCGUCUACAAGCUGCCAUGCAACCCGUGGCCCAAGGACCAGCGCCUGAAGCUGAUUGGCGCGUUCGAGAUGGAGAAUCUGCUGUACGGCCUCAGCGGUAUGGUCACGAGGCUGUUUUCGAAAGCGUUGAGGUGGAGUCCCGAGGAGGUCGAGGUUUUUUUGGUGAAUGUGAGGAAGGAGAUUAAGAAUAGGAAUGUUCAUUCCUACUGGCCUUACUAUGUCGUCUACGGGCGGAAACCGGGCGGGCCAUCGAGCGAGGAGGAGGCGCCGCCAGUCAGUGAGGCUAAAAACGAGGCACCGCAGCAGCAUGAUGAAUGAAGAAGUGUGAGAUUUGGAUGUCAGCCAGGCGUUAGGGAGUCGAGUCG